UGACGUCAGAGUGCGAGGCGCUCACACGGGACAGGAAGAGGCAGAAGGAAGAAAAAAAAACAAGAUGGCAGCGGGCUCAGAGCACGGGCUGAAGAGAAUUGUUUGGAAAAGAAUAAAAGAUACAAUUAUUGCAGACUGCAGAAAGUCUGAAGUAUGGAAGAUAUUGAUUCUGGACCCAUUCACCACCAAGCUCCUCUCGUCAUGCUGCAAAAUGUCCGACCUGAUGUCAGAGAAAAUAACCAUCGUGGAGGAUUUGUACAAAAGCAGAGAGCCUGUUCCAGAAAUGAAGGCCAUCUACUUCAUGUCACCAACUGCUAAGAAUGUGGAUGCCUUUAUUGCUGACUUCAAACCCAAGGCCAAAUAUAAAUCAGCAUAUGUUUAUUUCACUGACUACUGUCCCAACGACCUUUUCAACAAUAUCAAGCUGCACUGUGCAAAGUACAUCCGUGUCUGUAAGGAAAUAAACAUGUGCUUCAUGCCACAAGAGGCACAAGUGUUCACAUGUGAUAAUCCGGGGGCUUUCCAAAGCAUCUACAGUCCCAACAGUCAAGACAAAAGGAAGACACUGGAGACACUCGCAGACCAGCUUGUCACACUCUGUGCUACUUUAGAUGAGUAUCCAGGCGUCAGAUACAAGAAAGACAACAACAUGGAGAACGCCAAGACCUUCGCGGAGCUGGUGGACAGCAAGCUGGCCACACACUACGACCUGGAUGACAGCAAGAAAAAGGGAAAGACCCAGGCCCAGCUGCUCAUCGUGGAGAGAGGUUUUGACCCCGUCAGCCCCAUCCUGCAUGAGUUGACCUACCAGGCCAUGGCCUACGACCUCAUUGAUAUCCAGAAUGACAUCUACAAGUACAAGUCUAAAGAUGGCUCAGAGAAGCAGGCCCAGCUGAAUGAGGAGGACAUGCUCUGGGUAAAGCUAAGGCACAAGCACAUCGCUGAGGUCUCAGAGCAAAUCCCCAAGAUGGUAAAGGAAAUAUCGGCUAGCAAGAAGCAGCCAGAUGGGAAGAUCACAAUUAGCAAUUUGGCCCAAAUGAUGAAGAAGAUGCCCUCAUUCCGUAAACAGCUAACUGAGAAAACCGUUCACCUGCAGUUGGCUGAGGACUGCAUGAAACAUUUCUCAAACAACGUGGAGAAACUCUGCAAAGCUGAACAGGACCUCGCAGUGGGGUCGGACGUGGAUGGGAUGAAGGUGAAGGAUCCCAUGAGGACCCUGCUGCCUGUGCUGCUCCACCCAUACAGCACCCACGACAAGAUCAGAGCUGUGUUGCUAUACAUCUUCAGUCUCAACGGAACAACAGAUGAGAACCUAAACAAACUCAUCCAGCAUGUAAAGAUCGAAGACGAACGAGAGUUCAUCCUGAACUGGAAAGAACUCGGAGUCCCUAUCAUCACAUCGCCUAGUUUCUUCUCACGUAAACCAUCCAGGCGGGAUCGUUCCCAGGAGCAGACGUACAAUCUCUCCAGAUGGACUCCUGUCAUAAAAGAUGUGAUGGAGGAUGCUGUGGAGAACAAACUGGACACCAAAGAAUGGCCGCACCAGUCUGAGUGUCCUGCUGCCUGGAAUGGCUCGGGUGCGGUCAGUGCCCGACAGAAGAACAAAGCCAGUUCUCAGGACGAACGCCGGAGUGGCUCUCGCCUCAUCAUCUUUGUUCUAGGGGGAAUCAGCUUCUCGGAGAUGCGUUCUGCCUACGAGGUCACCCAAGCAGUAAAAUCCUGCGAGGUCAUCAUAGGGUCUUCUCACAUUUUGACCCCGUCCAGUCUCCUGGAAGACAUCAAGGCUCUGAGCAAAGGCCCCAUGGAGACUUUCACACUAGAUGAAAGGAGCAACGCUUGAGAAGUCUGGCCCUGCAACUAACAACUCCCCAGACCUCCCCUGUCUCUUUACAUCUUGUAUCUCCUAGUACAGUGCACUCAAAUCAACUUCCUGAACGGAAGACUGAAGGGAAUUUACCGUAUACUUAUCUUCAUGUUUUAAUAUUCUUUUGAAAUCUGGUGCACAUUUGCAGUAGGUAUGAGGCAAAUUCUCUUUUAACUUGGUCAUUUCAAUAUGGCCUUAAGGAAUUUCUAAUUGGAUAAUUGACGUUUGACGAUAUAGAUCAUAUUAAAAAUAAUUGACCUCAACCUGCUAUGAGAAUUUUAAGUAAAACUUGUCUAAUCUGUCUAUUUGUGUUUGCCUUUGUCCAUAAAAGAAAAUAUUUGUUAUGUUACAUGUUGAACGACCUCUUCAGAGGCAGAAUGAUGGUGGAAAUGUGUAUAUACUGUAUCUAAGUGCUGAGUCCCUGCUGUGUCUUUCUGAUAUAUUUGUCACUAUUGUUUGUAAACACUUUAUGUAAUUUUGAAGAAUGUUUUUAACAGAGUAUUUACGUUUUUUCUUGAAUUGAACAACUGACUAAUAAAUGAAUGAAGUGGUUCAAA